AUGUUUGGGCUGGACCAAUUCGAGCCCCAGAUCAACAGCCGGCACGCUGGUCAGGGCGAGGGGAACUUUAACGAAGCCGGACUGAACAUGAACGCCCACUUUAAGGCUCCUGCUUUCCACGCCGGGCCUCCUCCUGGCCCCGUGGACCCUGCAAUAAGCGCUCUGGGCGAACCCCCGAUCUUGGGUUUGAACAUGGAGCCCUACGGCUUCCAUGCGCGCGGCCACUCCGAGCUGCACGCAGGGGGGCUGCAGGCGCAGCCUGUGCACGGCUUCUUCGGUGGUCAGCAGCCUCACCACAGCCACCCCGGAGGGCAUCACCCGCACCAGCACCACCCCCACUUUGGGGGCAACUUCGGUGGUCCGGACCCAGGUGCUUCAUGUCUGCACGGGGGCCGGCUGCUUGGCUAUGGAGGUGCAGCGGGCGGCCUGGGCAGCCAGCCUCCCUUCGCAGAGAGUUAUGAGCACAUGGCGGAGAGCCAGGGGCCGGAGGGCUUCGGCCCGCAGCGGCCAGGAAACCUCCCGGACUUCCACAGUUCGGGCACCUCGGGCCACGCUGUGCCUGCCCCGUGCCUGCCGCUAGACCAGAGCCCUAACCGGGCUGCCUCUUUCCACGGCCUGUCCGCCUCCAGCGGCUCGGAUUCUCACAGCCUGGAGCCCCGGAGGGUGACGAACCAAGGAACCGUAGAUUCCCUGGAAUACAAUUACCCGAGCGAGCCGCCCUCAGGACAUUUUGACAUGUUUUCACCCUCUGACUCUGAAGGGCAGCUGCCACAUUAUGCUGCGGGUCGCCAGGUUCCCGGGGGCGCUUUCCCGGGUGCUUCGGCCAUGCCCAGAGCCUCAGGCAUGGUGGGUUUGUCCAAGAUGCACGGCCAGCCACCGCAGCCACCGCCUCAACAGCAACAGCCGCAGCACGGAGUGUUCUUCGAGAGGUUUGGCGGGGCCCGAAAGAUGCCUGUGGGUCUGGAGCCUGCAGUGGGCUCCAGGCACCCGCUCAUGCAACCUCCCCAGCAGGCCCCACCACCCCCGCAGCAGCAGCCCCCGCAGCAGCCACCGCCACCACCCGGGCUUCUGGUCCGACAGAAUUCUUGCCCUCCUGCGCUCCCGCGGCCACAGCAGGGUGAGGCUGGCACACCCAGUGGAGGCCUGCAGGACGGGGGCCCCAUGCUGCCCAGCCAACACGCGCAGUUCGAGUAUCCCAUCCAUCGGCUAGAGAACCGGAGCAUGCACCCAUAUUCUGAGCCUGUUUUCAGCAUGCAGCAUCCCCCUCCUCAGCAGGCGCCCAACCAGAGGCUGCAGCAUUUCGAUGCGCCCCCCUACAUGAACGUGGCCAAGAGGCCGCGUUUUGACUUUCCCGGCAGCGCAGGCGUGGACCGCUGUGCCUCGUGGAAUGGCAGCAUGCAUAACGGCACCCUGGACAACCAACUCUCUCCCUCUGCCUACCCAGGCCUCCCAGGCGAGUUCACACCGCCUGUGCCAGACAGCUUUCCCUCGGGACCGCCCUUGCAGCACCCGGGGCCGGACCACCAGUCCUUGCAACAGCAGCAGCAACAACAACAGCAGCAGCAACAACAACAGCAGCAGCAGCAGCAACAGCAGCAACAGCAGCAGCAGCAGCAACGCCAGAAUGCGGCCCUCAUGAUUAAACAGAUGGCGUCCCGGAACCAGCAGCAGCGGUUGCGACAGCCCAACCUGGCCCAGCUAGGCCAUCCUGGGGACGUGGGCCAGAGUGGCCUGGUCCACGGAGGUUCCGUGAGCGGCUUGGCCCAGACGAACUUUGAGCGCGAAGGCGGCAGCGCAGGUGCGGGGCGCCUGGGUGGCUUUGAGCAGCAGGCGCCCCACCUGGCGCAGGAGAACGCGUGGUUCCCGGGUCCACACCCUCCCGGCGACCUGCUGCCCCGGAGGAUGGGAGGCGCGGGGUUGCCGGCUGACUGUGGCCCGCACGACCCUAGUCUGGCGCCUCCCCCUGCUCCGGGUGGUUCAGGGGUGCUAUUCCGAGGCUCUCUGCAGGAGCCUCUGAGGAUGCCUGGGGAAGGCCACGUGCCCGCACUGGCCUCGCCCGGGCUGCAGUUUGGGGGCAGCUUGGCUGGCCUAGGCCAGUUGCAGUCGCCCGGGGCCGGUGUGGGACUGCCCAACGCUCCGUCGGAGCGACGGCCUCCGCCUCCGGACUUCCCCGCGCCAGCUCUCGGGGGCCAACCCGGCUUUCCAUUCGGCUCAGGCAGCCGGCAGGCCACGCCGCACAGCGCUCCAGGCGUGAAUUCGCCCCCGAGCGCGGGCGCGGGCAGCGGCAGCUCCAGUGCUGGCGGGGGCGCUUACCCGCCCCAGCCGGAUUUCCAACCCAGCCAGCGCAACUCGGCCAGUAAGCUGGGCGCGCUGUCGUUGGGGUCUUUUAACAAGCCCAGCUCUAAGGACAACCUGUUCGGCCAGAGCUGCCUGGCUGCGCUCUCCACUGCUUGCCAGAACAUGAUCGCCAGCCUGGGUGCUCCUAACCUCAACGUGACUUUCAACAAGAAGAACCCACCCGAGGGGAAGAGAAAACUGAGCCAGAACGAGCCCGACAGCGCGGUUGCAGCCGGUAACCCGGGCUCGGAUUACUUCCCUGGAGGGACUACUCCUGGGGCCCCUGGACCUGGAGGCCCUUCUGGGACCAGUGGUGGUGGCUCUAAAGCCUCAGGACAGCCCAACCCUCCCAUCCAGGGGGACGGCACCAGUCUCUCCCCCAAUUACACCCUGGAAUCAACGUCGGGUAACGAUGGCAAGCCUGUCCCUGGGGGCAGUGGCCGGGGAAGGGGACGCAGAAAACGGGACAGUGGUCACGUGAGCCCCGGGACCUUCUUUGACAAAUACUCCGCAGCUCCUGACAGUGGGGGCGCACCAGGGGUGAGCCCGGGGCAGCAGCAGGCUCCUGGCUCAGCCGCUGGGGGAAGCUCAGUGAACGAGGCCCGAGGGCCCACACCCCAUGAGAAAGCUCUCACGUCACCAUCGUGGGGAAAGGGAGCUGAGUUGCUCCUUGGGGACCAGCCGGACCUCAUGGCGUCCCUGGACAGUACAGCCAAAUCAGAUGGUAGUUCCCCGCACGUGAGUGAGUUCGCCUCUGAAGAGGUGAGCACAAGUUAUGCGAAUGAGGACGAAGUGUCCUCCAGUUCUGACAACACUACAGCCCUGGCCAAAGCCAGCCGAAGUCCCCUGGUGACCAGUUCACCCAAACUCCCGCCUCGAGGGGUGAGUGCUGGGGAACACACACCGAAGGCUUCUGCCCUGGGCCUGGGCAUCCUGUCUACCUCUACCUCGACCCCUGACAGCUAUGGUGGGGGCGUGGGUACCGGACAUCCCGGCACACCAGGCCUGGAGCAGGUCCGGACCCCAACGAGCAGCAGCGGUGUGCCGCCUCCUGAUGAGAUUCAUCCCCUGGAGAUCCUCCAAGCCCAGAUCCAGCUGCAGAGACAACAAUUUAGCAUCUCAGAGGACCAGCCCCUGGGGCUCAAGGGCGGCAAAAAAGCCGAGUGUGCUGUAGGGGCCUCGGGAGCACAGAAUGGUGACAGCGAGUUGGGUAGCUGCUGCUCCGAAGCAGUCAAGAACGCCAUGAGCACCAUCGAUCUGGACUCCCUGAUGGCGGAACACAGCACUACCUGGUACAUGCCGCCUGACAAGGCCCUGGUGGAUGGUGGAGACGAUGACAAGACGCUGGCGCCCUGGGAGAAGGCCAAGUCCCAGAACCCCAACAACAAAGAAGCCCACGACCACCCCACCAACAAGGCCUCAGCCACCCAGCCCGGCAGUCACCUGCAGUGCCUGACUGUCCACUGCACAGAUGGUGACCCCAAGGCCCGCACCUCCGUACCCACCUGGCGGUCUCUGCACUCCGACAUCUCCAACCGAUUCGGGACAUUUGUGGCCGCCCUGACUUGAGCCCACGGGAGUCGCCGC